GCUCGGGGCCAGACAGCAGUCCUGCCCUGUGGCUUCACCACCAAUGCUGCACUCACGAAACUUAAUGUCAUCUGGAUGGUCACUCCACUCUCCAAUGCCAACCAGCCUGAACAGGUUAUUUUUUACCAGGGUGGUCAGAUUUUUGGUGGCGCACCCCGGUUUUAUGGGAGAGUGGGGUUUGAAAAUACGAUGCCAACCACCAGUGCCUCCAUCUUCAUCAACAACACCCAGCUUUCGGACACUGGGACUUACCAAUGUUUGGUCAACAAUCUACCAGACCGAGGGGGGCGGAAUAUUGGAGUCAUUGGGCUCAACGUCUUGGUUCCUCCCUCUGCCCCGGUCUGCAGAAUUCAGGGUUCUUUGAACAUUGGCAGUGAUAUCACACUGACCUGCAAUUCAGAAGAAGGCAUCCCUCGGCCAACCUACCAUUGGGAAAGACUGGACAGUGCUCCUAAGCUGCCUCCAACAGCCACACAAGAUCAAGUUCAGGGUACAGUCAUUCUGCGCAAUAUCAGCACCUCAUCAUCAGGACAGUAUCAGUGUGUGGCUACUAAUGCUAUCGGAAGCAGCUCCUGUUCUCUUGAAGUUCAAGUGAUCGCACCUCACCCUCGGAGCAUUGGCCUGAUUGCUGGAGCUGCCGCGGCAGGGGCAGUUGUGCUCAUUGUCUGCAUUGUCUUGGUAACUGUGACACUGUUUUAUUGGAAGAACAAACACAAGGAGGAGGAGGAAGAAGAGAUUCCCAAUGAGAUAAGGGAGGAUGACCUGCCACCCAAAUGCUCUUCAUCCACAAAAGCAUUCCAUGGUGAUGCUUCAUCAUCAGAGAAUGACACACUAACUUCAUCCAACACUUACAACAGCCGGUACUGGAAUGACCCCAAAGCUAACCAUGCCACAGACUCCUUCACCCGCCUCAACAGUGAUGCACGCCAACCCUUCUCUCGCACUGGAAGCACCAACGCUCGACCUGUCUAUGCCAAUGGAGGCCACCCAGCCCCUCCUCCACCCAAGACAUUGGUGGUGACAACCAAUACAGCCCCUUCUCCACAGGAGAUGGCCAGGAGCAAUGGUUCAGUGAGCCGGAAGCCGAGGCCCCAGCAUACACGCUCCUAUGCAGUGAGCCAGGCAACACUGGAGAGGAUAGGUGCCGUGCCUGUCAUGGUGCCAGCACAGAGCCGAGCCGGCUCUUUGGUGUAGGAAGUGGCCAUGGCUCUAAGGAAAAUGAGAACCUGUUGCACCGUGUGGGGGUGAAGAC